GAACUGAAAUCGAAUGUUACAAUAAAAAGUGUCUACAGAAGCCACUAUUUGUGCUUUUUUUUUUUUUGAUCAUCUUUGAUGCAAAAACAUAAUAAAAAACAAAAUGGUGCUUGAGCAGUGCCAUUAUUUUUAAACAGGAAACAAGGAAAAGACGUCGCCAUGGUUACGGGUAGCCUAACUUCAUUUGCUUCCUAACGACGCUUUUCCACCUCUAUUUGCUCUAUAUCGUAGCUGGAGCACUCACAUGCCAUGGAAGGCUCUGAUACAUACCUCAUACGGCCAAGUCAUCAGCACAAGUUCAGGCCAGCUGUUGUGAAGGAGUGUGUUCGUGAAAUUGUGAGGGAGCGACUGUCUGGGGUGCAGUACAAUCCAGAGGAAGUCCCAGAGCUGGCCCGUUCACUGGCAGACUGUAUUAAGGACAAAAUAAAGCAUGCAGGAUUCGACAGAUAUAAGCUUGUUGUGCAGGUGGUCAUUGGUGAACAGCGGGGACAGGGAGUCAAGAUGUCUUCUAGGUGUUUCUGGGAUGCUGACACAGACAGCUAUGCAGAGGAUGUUUUCAUAAAUGACAGCUUGUUCUGUGUGGUGGCAGUGUUUGGAAGCUAUUGCUACUGAGCAUGAGGGGAUGGAUGACAGAAAAAAAUCUUUCACAUGAAGAGAUGUGAGGUGAACAUUCACGAGACUGCUCACUGACAGCAGCUCGGUCCAUGGUGCUCCUUGGUCAAGCUGCAUGUUGACAUCAGCACAGGUGCCCUCCACUGAAGAAGUGAUGCACACUCAGGAUUUCCUGAGUUGGUGAGAGAAUUAAU